CUGAGACGCCCUAGAAAAACUACAAUCCCAGAAAGCAGUGCGCGAUCCCCUCUACGCCUGUGCGAAUCGAGGUCACAGGGCGGCGCUAGAGUGGGCGGGAUGUGGUGGACGAUGGGGAGGGAUUCGAAUUUCGGAGGAUUUAAACCGCGGGAGGAAAAGUCACCGCGGCCCAAGGAAGUCCUCUGUUGAACGAAGACUCCUCCCUUCCAACCACCGCGGCUAAUAUGGAUCGUAAACAGCCUGCUGAAUGAGAGCCGCGAUGUGAAUGAGAGACACAUCCUGAAACAUAUGCCUGAGUAGCGCAUCUGCGUUGUUACUCAUUGAGUUAAAAGAAGCAUUUAGCCGAAUUUCAAACUCCUCCUCCGUGUCACCACCUCCCAGCGUGGAAGGAAAUGCCAAAUGGAAUAAACUGGUUGUGAGUAGAGGAGCUGACUGCCGAGGAGUGUCCCUGGAGGGGUGAUGCACCUAGUCUGCUUUCAACUGAUUUCAGGAGCCUGCACCCGGAGCCUUGGGUUGCCCAUGAGGAUAACUAAAACAUCAAGCUAUGCAGAAAAAUUCUAAGAGGAACAGUAAUUCAAGAGCUCCUGCCUUAGAAUUGAACUCUGUGGAUGCUGAGAAGGAAAGAAACAAGAGUCAAAAUAACUUUGUUGAACUGCUGCCUCUAGAAGUCACGUUUAAAAUUUUCAGUCAGCUAGACAUUCGGAGUUUGUGCAGGGCGUCAGUGACGUGCAGGAGCUGGAAUUAUGCAAUAAGAAACUGUGACUCCUUAUGGAAACCUCACUGCUUGACUGUAAGAACUGUGUGCCAGAGAGAAAUAGAUGGCGACCUGGAACGUGGCUAUUCCUGGAGGGUAAUACUACUAAGGAAUUACCAGAAGAGUAAAGUGAAACAUGAAUGGCUAAGUGGCAGAUACAGCAACAUAAGUUCUCCAGUUAGCCUUCCAGAGAAAAUCAUGUACCCCAUGGAUGCAGAUACAUGGGGGGAGAUUCUAGAAGCAGAGCUGGAAAGAUAACCAGAAAAAUCAGAAACAGAUCUCCUAACCUGGAGAGUUUAAAACUAAAAUGACUCUUAGAUUGUUGCAAAAGGUACAUCUUAAACUGCCCAUUUUCUGUCACCUUUCUAAUAGUUAAUAUUUAAAAGAAAACAAAAAGUAUUAUCAUGGUAAAACUUUAUUUUUAUUUUUUGCACUUUAGUAAAAAAUAGUUUUCUGAGUUUAUUUUAAUGUGGAAAAUCAUGAAAUGUUAUUUUCAUAAGAAAUAUUGAUGGAAUAAUUUCAGAAUGUAUUGUUUCAUGUCUUUGUGUUAGUGUGUCAGUACUUUCAAUGAUAAAAUUUGAUUGGUGUUUUCUGCUUAAUGAUUAUUUGAAAACUCAGGAAGCCACCUGAAGAAACUGACUUAAAGAUUCAUCAAGUAGUAGAAAUAAUCAGUCUCAUGGGAAAACUAGCCAAGUGAAAUUAACAGCAGAUUUCCGUGAAUUUGCAUUUCAGUAACUUUAAAAUUUCUAUUUCCAUGGAAUUCAGAUUGAAUUGCCAAAUAGUGAAACUGUUCUAAAAUAUGUCAAACCUAUGGUUUAGUUUCAAAUUAAUCUUAUUUUAGGUAUGAAGCUUUUCCCAUUACUUUACUACAAAUCCAGGGUUGCUUGCAGGAGCUGAAAAUCUAUGGAAAGCUUUCAGAAUACUUAAUUGCUACCAGCAGGGGCACACUGCUUACUGGUGGUAAAACUUUCUGACAGCCUUAUAGCACCAUCUAGUGUAUUGCUCCUAAAUUCCAAGGCAGAGGACUUGGAGCUCUUGUUUUGUUUUUCUUUUUAUAUUGAAAAGAAAGAAAAAUAAUAUUUUAGAGAACCCUUAACACUUGACUUUUUAAAAAACUUAUAAAUUUCCAGUAAACUUUAUUUUGUUUCUCUUUUUCUUAAAACCAGAUGAGAUAAUACUCACUGUAGCAGGCUGUUCACUCUGAAUCUCUGGUCAACACCACAGUAAAAAGUGCAGGGGUUUCUUCUUAAAGUGUGUUCUAUAGUAAAAAAUAAAUAUAGAGGAACCCCAUAUCUAACAAGUAAGCAAAUAUCAGAAAGAUGCCCUACUGUAUACAGAUUCCCUUGAGAUCUGCAUAGAGUUGGAAGAAGCCUUGAAAAUCAAACAGUCCAGUCUCCGCAUCUAUUCAGUAAUUCCUCUAAGGAACCCCGACAGUCCAGCCAGUCCAAACUCAAAUACUUAGUGUAAUGGAAUCUCCAUCACGUUUCAGUCUGCUGUUAUUCUAAGAUUGCUCCGAUCUUUAGAAAUUUUUCCUCACUGAACUGAAGACCACCUCUCUCUAGUGUUUGCUUGGUUCCACUCUGUACGUCUAGGCGGAUCCAGUCCUCCCUAUGAUUACCAUUCAGGCAUUAAAGACUUCUAGCUUGUCUCUUCCUGUGCCAUAUUCUCAGUUCAUCUGCUGAUCAGUAUAAUUUCUAGACCCAGCGGCAUUCUCUUCUGUCCAUGCCCUGUUGACAAAAGUGUACCUAGAAAGGAGGAUAUCUUGAUGAUUUUUUUUUUUUUUUGACAGGCAGAAUGGACAGUGAGAGAGAGAGAGACAGAGAGAAAGGUCUUCCUUUUGCUGUUGGUUCACCCUCCAAUGGCCGCUGCGGCCGGUGCAUCACACUGAUCCGAAGGCAGGAGCCAGGUGCUUCUCCUGGUCUCCCGUGGGUGCAGGGCCCAAGGACUUGGGCCAUCCUCCACUGCACUCCCAGGCCACAGCAGAGGGCUGGCCUGGAAGAGGGGCAACCGGGACAAAAUCCAGUGCCCUGACCGGGACUAGAACCCGUGUGCCGGCGCUGCAAGGCGGAGGAUUAGCCUAUUGAGCCACGGCGCCGGCCCGAUGAUUUUUUAAAAAUAAAUGAUAAGAAAGCACUGUGAAAAAUUUGAAACUAUGGGGAAAAUUAAAGCUAUACAGCAUUCUACUGAAUAGCAUAUAUAUAGCAUAUAUAUAUAUAUAUAAAUAUAUAUAUAAAUAGCAUAUAAAUAUAUGCUACUGGUAGCAUAAAAUACAUGUGGUAUUUGUUAUCUGUUUUUUGUAAUCGAUGUGUCGAGUCUUUGUCCAGCCCCCUGACUGAAUCACCUUUAUGUAUUAGUAGCGAUCACCCUAACGGAGGGGAAUCGCCCUUCUCAGUCUUCCCUAUGCUGGUUAUACAGUGUCCUGCCUCCCCCACCUUCUGCGUUUGGUGUAGGGACGGGAACAUGACCCAAACCGCCCCCUUCCCUGAGCUGGAAGAAAGAAGCCAUUUCUUCUUUGGUGAUAAAACUGUUCACCACACAGAGAAACAGAACCCAUUAAGAGCGUAUGUAGCCAACAGGAGAAAUAAACGGCUGCAGGGAGAGCCCUACUUGUAUUCGAGGUCCUGGUCACAGCCUUUCCUGUUCUGCUCACCUGUACGAGCCCUCCCCGUGUGUCUUUUGCCUAUUUUUCAAGUAUGCAAUAUUCAUUAUUUACAUUAGUAUCUUACUUCUUAAGGUGUCAAAUCUUGCUUUAUCCUUAGAGCUGCUAAUUAUAUAUCCUCCUAAAAGGAAUUCCUUCCUCUUUCUCAAUAGUCCUUCAUUUCUCAGUCCUCUGUAAUCUUGCCUCACUCAUGUGAUUUAAACUAGUUAUCCAAGUCACAAGUGACUUAUACUCCCAUUGGAUGUAUUUUAGUUGUUAAUGUAUUUGGCACAUAAACAUUCACUUCUUGAAGCCCUCCUCCUAGGUUUGGGAUUAUAGUCUCUGGGAUUUUUCUUUUCCUACUGUAAUCAGUUUUCUCAGUUUCUUUCAAAGUCUCGCUUUUCUUCAUCUGGUCCCUCAAAGUUCAGGCCAUGGUCCUCUCUUCUCUUCAUAUUCUAAACAUGCUGGGUGAUCCCAUAUACUCUUCAGUGUCAACCACCAUUGUUGGUAUGGAUGCUGUCCUUGUCCGUGUUUCAAGAUAAGAUCGCUCCAGAAACACAUGUGCCACCCUCUGUUGGAUCCUUAGCUAAAUCACAAACUCCUGAAUCAGAACUCAUCAUCCCACAGAGUCCCUAGUUCUGAAUUACCAGUGCUCCAGGACAGUCACCAUGCUUUACUUUGCUCCAUCAUUCUCCCUAACUGAUCAAGAGUCAGUUCUUACUGAUCUUAGCAUCCAACUAUCUGGGUAAUAUAACCCUUCUCCAUCUUUAUCUCUGCUUCAUUACUUAAUUCUGGUUCUUAUUUGAAGUUGGAAUUAUGACAAUAACUAUUAGCCCCUGACUUAAACUCCUCAUUGCACUCAGGUAGAAAUUGUAUCACUAGCAAAGCCUAUAAGGCCUUUAAUGAUACAGUCUGACUUAUGUCUCUAGUCUUUCCUCUCACAACUGUCCCUUCCUGUAACUUUCAGUUCUGUUAUACCAAACUAUUUCCAGCUCCCUGAACAUGAAAAUUGUCUCAGGGCCUGCACUGUGGCGCAAAAGGUUAAUCCUCCACCUGUGGCGCUGGCAUCUCAUAUGGGUGCCGGUUCUAGUCCCAGCUGCCCCUCUUCUGAUCUAGCUCUCUGUUAUGGAAAAGCAGUAGAAGAUGGCCCAAGUGUUUACGCCCCUACACCCACAUGGGAGACUGGGAAGAAGCUCCUGGCUUCUGGCUCCUGGCUUCAGAUCAGCGCAGCUCCAGUCAUUGCAACCAUCUGCGAAGUGGACCAACGGAAGGAAGACCUUUCUCUCUGUCUCUCCCUCUCCCUUUCUGUAACCCUACCUCUCAAAUAAAUAAAAUCUUAAAAAGGGGGGGGGGGGAUUUUCUCACUUCUCCUCCUUUACACAGACUGCUUGAUAAUACCUAUACUGUUCUUCUCAUGCACCAUUAAUUCCUUUCUUCAAAAUCUUUUGUAAAAAAUUAUAUUGGCUAGGGCCAGGUGUUGUGGCAUUGUGGUUGGAGCCGCCCCGUGCAGUGCCAGGAUCCCACGUAGGUCCCAGCUGCUCCACUUCCAAUCCAGCUCUCUGCUGUGGCCUGGGAGGGCAGUGGUGGAUGGCCCAGGUCCCUGGGAUCCUGCACCCACAUGGGAGACCCAGAGGAAGCUCCUGGCUCCUGGCUUUGGAUUGGAACAGCUCCGGCCAUUGAAGCCAUCUGGGGAGUAAACCGCAGAUGGAAGACCUCUCUCUCUCUCUCUCUCUCUUUCUCUCUCUGCCUCUGCCUCUGCCUCUCUGUGGCUCUGCCUUUCAAAUAGGUAAAUAAACCUUAAAAAAAAAUUAAAAAAAAAAAAAAUUGGUUGGUUGCCACGAAGUGACUCCGGGUUUCCAAAAAAAAAAAAAAAAAAAGUAUUACGUUGGC